AUGAGCAAAUCAUUUAUUGAUCAAUUAGUAGAACUCCCAUUGGAGAUUAUUCAUUCGAUAUUCUCAAACAUUCCCGAUCGGUAUCUUCAUACAUACAUCGAUAAUCCAUUGAUUGGAACUUAUGCACUUGAUACGCUAUUUUCAAAAGUUACAAUCGAGUCUAACGAUACUGACCAUUACUGGGGUCCCCCAGAUAUUCAUAUUCCAAUAGGAGAUGAAUUGGAUAUACUGAAUGCUUAUUUUGCACCUGGUUUGCCAGAGGUCCACGAAAUUAGAUUUGAACACGUCUACCAUUUUCUCGAUUUUCUUGACAAGUAUCCGAAUUCAAAUCCAAAGAUUAUAAGCUUCAACGAUCUAAACGAGGUCUUAGCUGCUCACAAAGCACAUCCAAACAAAUUAAAAGUUGCCGAUAUACAAGUUCGGAAUUUGUAUAGUGAUCGAUCGGAAGAAGGAAUAUUAAAUUUACCCUAUAAGUUUCUUAAGUUGGGAUACACAGAACAUCGUGAUUACGGAUUUCCAACCACUGUCAGGGAUGUAGAAUUACUGCAUACAACACUUCUUAUAUUUCCUGGUUACUAUGAUGAUCUUCAAAUGUUACGCAUACCACACUAUGGAUUGAAAGCAGAGGAGUUGCGCUACAUCCCUCCAAAGUUACAAUCUUUAAGCAUGACGUUAAUUUUGGAAGAUAGUCCCCGAGAAGUUAAAUUACCCAUCUCGUUAAGAUCAUUAGAACUAGAGUUUAUUAUUGAUGUCCGAUUCUUUCCGUUUGAUUUGUCCUAUUUGGUGAAUCUUAAAUCAUUCACUUCUUUACAAAACUCAAUCUCUUUAAGUUCGGUUUCAUUACCAAAACUGAUUACCAGCUUGAGUAUUUAUACUGAUGAUAUACAACCUGAUACGUUCACUCAGUUUUCUAAUCUCAGGAGAUUAAAAAUUCAUACUGUUUAUGGUGAGAUGGUUUAUGGGAUACCAUUUCCCGAAGGUUUGUUAUUGUUAUUUAUCGAGGGGGCGUAUUUGGAAUAUCGACUCCCACAAGACGUGGAAGUUGGAAAAGACUUCCUUCCUCCACCCAAUCUCAAAUUCCUAAAGGUUGAUGGCGAUCAGUUUGUGUUCGCACCCGAAGAUAUGGAACUCCCUCCUUCCCUAGAGUAUUUGAAACUUCGAGGAUAUGGGGAGCAACUUGAUUGGCCGUUCUUAAAGCUACCUAGUCAUAUUCUGAAAGUCAGUAUCUCACAGCAAGAUAUAGAGUCGUUAAAUCUUCCUCGAACGGUGACCACGUUGAAAUUAACUGCAUGCACCUUGUACUCCUUAGACUAUUUUAAUUUUGAAAAAUUGAUUAGCUUAGUCAAGGUGAGCAUAAGAGAUACUCGUAUUGGAUAUAUUGAUUGUCGUUUUGGUCCCAGUCUAAAUUAUUUGAGCUUUGCUGGUUCUUACAUUCUGAGAAUUCUGAUCGUGGCUCCAAAUUUGAAAAUACUCGAUUUGUCUUGUCAUAACAUAGACAGUGCUUAUCCCUUCAAGAUGCCCGAUUCUGUCAUCUACUUUAGAAUGAAUGGCUAUAUGAAAGGCGGUUCACCGUUUGACCCAAGGCAAACUGUGGAGGGAAGUAAUAUGGUUCUUAGCAAGUCCCUUAGGAAUUUAACUGCAGAAGCUGCCAAUCUUACGUCAGAAACGUUAAAAAAGUGGAAUUUACGAAGCCGUUGCAAGCACUUGGAGAUUGUGAAUUUAGGUCGGAAUCUCAUAACGAAAAUAGAUUCUCAUUUCCCUCCCAGUCUUAGGAUCCUUGAUUUAAGUUCUAAUAAGAUAAUUAUUCCUAAUCUGAGAUUCUUUAAAGGCUUCAAACAAUUAGAAGUACUUCGAAUUGGGGAUGUCGCUCUCGACAAUUACCUUACUGGACGAUAUUGCUUAGAAUUUCCCGAUUCAUUGGUUGAGUUGGACCUUCGUGGAAAUGGUCUAGAUAAUAAGUCAUUUAAGCACAUGAAGUUGUCGAACUGCAAAGGAUUAAGGUUUAUUAAUUUAACCCGGAAUCCAAACUGUGACAUUGUUACAAUUAUUACUGGCUUACAAGAAACUUGUCCUUUGCUCUCCCGCUUAAGCUACAGAGAAUAG